AUGCGUUGUUUGCUGAUACUGUGCAUGCUCUCCUGCGUAACCUUGUGCUUCAUGAACUUCCCGAUAGAAAUUAGUAAAUGCAAAAAAGGUCAAUGGUUUGUGAGGAACUACAUUGUGUUCAACUGUUUCAGUGAUAACGCUCAAAACGAGCUGAGACCAUUUGCAUGCGAUCCAACUAAUGGUGUAGCAAUAAAGAGGCGCAAGCGACCGGUAUUUCUUCACGAAACCUAUCACGGUGAUGGAUUCAUUUAUGAAUGUGCUCGCGACAAUCAUACGAAUGGAGUUGUCUGGAGAGCUGCUGCGUGUUAUAUCAAUGGUGAGAAGUUCGCUCCAGGAACAUUUGUGAAAGGGCGAUACGACUCCGUUUAUCUGUGUUACAAAGAUCUUGAUGGCCUUAUACGGAUACGCAUGAGAAAA